UCAUUUCUAUCCCAUUCUUCCUCUUCUCUUCUCUUCUCUUCUUUACGAUUUUUAUUUUUUGUUAAAGAAAAUUAUAUAUAUAAUAUAUAUAAUAUAAUAUAAUAUAAUAUAAUAUAAUAUAAUAUUAUAUAUAAAAAGUAUUUAAACCCUGUACAUAUACCAUACAUACAUACAUACAUACAUAUAUAUAUAUAACAAAUAAGAAGAAGAAGAAGAAGAAAAUAUAAUAUAAUAUAAUCAAAAAUCGAUGAAUGAGCUGAUAACCCGCCCGUCAAUUACUGUCGAUUAUUUCUCUCACAGUUGGGAUGCACUUGACCUGGGCUGUGCCUGGUCAGAGCUCCGGCAACAGGCCGCAACUCUCCGAAACAAAUUGCUCCACCUCAACGACGAUAUUGAAACCGGGUUCGAACGGACCAAGCAGGCAAACCCAAGUCUACUGAAGGCUAAUCGACGAUUGUUGGCAGAAGAGUACCGCCUGCACCGACUGAGGAACGCGCUCUGGCGGCGGAUGUCCAGCUAUUGCACCAGUCAGCUCGGGCGACAUAAUCCCAGGAUCGAUCCGGCCGAAAUUAACUGGGAAAAGGACUCUGAUGUGAGCUGGCUCUACGGUCCACUCUUUCGCAGAGACGAAGCCGACGUGGAUUUUGAGAAAAGGGUGGGCUGCCCUGAGAUCUAUGUUAAACGGACCAACCAGUCUUCUUUGUCAAAAGUCGAUCCGAUCUCCUCAACUACAGCCACAGUUAUAGCAGCAGAUACACCCACACCACUUGUUAAAUCGGCUCUCAAGAAAAAGUCCCAGAAAGAGAGGCGGCGGAGUUUCCCAUUGAGCCUGGAGUCAAGAGACACUGCUUGCUUCGAAGAGCGAUGCAAGCGUCCUCGAGGCAUUCGAUUCGAAGCAGACGUGCUUGAGUUUGUCUAUCAUGCCAAAUUGCCUAUCCUCAGUCAGCGCAAGCCAGUCCGUACUCCGUCCCAGGGUGACAGCGAUGCCCGGCGCAUGGCAAAGGCUCUUCUCCUGGCUGCCCGAUCUAAACAUUCUGCCAGUCUCCCACUCACACCACCCCUCUCUCCCUCUGUAAAAUUUCCUGCACAGCCGAUCUUGGCUGAGAAUGUUUUGGGCUCUACAUUUCCAUCUUCUCUUGUUUCCUCUUCCUCUUCUUCUUCCUCUACUUCAUUAUUAUUACUGUCUCCUUCUUCGCCUGGUUUACCGCCUUCGUCAUCUCCUUCUGCCUCAGUACCGACCUUGUGCGCCGAUCUUGUUUCUUUGUCUACUGAAAUGGUUGCACUUGUAGGAACGGCGGCAAUUUACAAAGGAAUAAGCUAUGGACUUGGAAGAUUCAUUCCUCGCGCAUAA